GGUCUCGAAGUCGGUUACGCCGAGGGAAGCCCAGACUCGGCAGUCGCAGCCUCCCUUGCAGCCGCUGGUAGCUGUCCCUCUUCUCUUAGUAUCUCAUCGCCGCCGCCCGCCGGCAGGUCUCCGUAGCCCCUAGCCCGCGGCUCGCCGCCCCGCCCGCCACCGCCACCAUGCCGGUGUUCCACACACGCACGAUCGAGAGCAUUCUGGAGCCGGUGGCGCAGCAGAUCUCGCACCUGGUGAUAAUGCACGAGGAGGGCGAGGUGGACGGCAAAGCCAUCCCGGACCUCACAGCUCCUGUGGCCGCCGUGCAGGCGGCCGUCAGCAACCUCGUCCGGGUUGGAAAGGAGACUGUUCAGACCACCGAGGAUCAGAUUUUGAAGAGAGACAUGCCGCCAGCAUUUAUUAAGGUCGAAAAUGCUUGUACUAAGCUUGUUCAGGCAGCCCAGAUGCUUCAGGCAGAUCCUUACUCUGUGCCAGCUCGUGAUUAUCUGAUUGAUGGCUCAAGGGGUAUACUUUCUGGAACAUCUGACUUGCUCCUCACCUUUGAUGAGGCUGAGGUCCGCAAAAUCAUCCGUGUGUGCAAAGGCAUUUUGGAAUAUCUAACAGUGGCAGAAGUGGUAGAGACAAUGGAGGAUUUGGUCACCUACACUAAGAAUUUGGGACCAGGAAUGACGAAAAUGGCCAAAAUGAUUGAUGAAAGACAACAGGAAUUGACCCACCAGGAACAUAGAGUGAUGUUGGUGAAUUCAAUGAACACUGUGAAAGAGUUAUUGCCAGUCCUCAUUUCAGCUAUGAAGAUUUUUGUAACUACCAGAAACGCAAACAACCAAGGUAUUGAAGAAGCUUUGAAAAACCGAAACUUUACAGUGGAAAAGAUGAGCACAGAGAUUAAUGAGAUCAUCCGAGUCUUACAGCUUACUUCCUGGGAUGAAGAUGCUUGGGCCAGCAAGGACACUGAAGCCAUGAAGAGAGCUUUGGCCUCCAUUGAUUCUAAACUGAACCAGGCCAAAGGUUGGCUCCGCGAUCCCAGUGCCUCGCCAGGAGAUGCUGGAGAGCAAGCAAUCAGGCAGAUCUUGGAUGAAGCUGGAAAAGUUGGUGAACUCUGUGCAGGGAAAGAACGCAGAGAGAUCCUGGGAACCUGCAAAAUGUUAGGGCAGAUGACUGACCAAGUGGCUGAACUUCGAGCCAGAGGACAAGGAGCCACUCCCAUGGCCAUGCAGAAAGCCCAGCAGGUGUCCCAGGGUCUAGAUAUGCUCACUGCAAAGGUGGAAAAUGCAGCACGAAAACUGGAGGCCAUGACAAAUUCAAAACAGAGCAUCGCAAAGAAGAUUGAUGCUGCUCAGAAUUGGCUUGCAGAUCCAAAUGGGGGACCUGAAGGAGAAGAACAGAUUCGAGGUGCUUUAGCCGAAGCUCGGAAAAUUGCAGAAUUGUGCGAUGAUCCUAAGGAAAGAGAGGACAUUUUGCGUUCCCUUGGAGAAAUCUCUGCUCUGACUUCUAAAUUGUCAGAUCUAAGGAGACAGGGGAAAGGAGACUCUCCAGAGGCCCGGGCUUUGGCUAAGCAAAUCGCCACAGCCCUGCAGAACCUGCAGACCAAAACCAACAGGGCUGUGGCCAAUAGCAGACCAGCCAAAGCAGCUGUGCAUUUGGAGGGCAAGAUUGAGCAAGCUCAGAGGUGGAUUGACAAUCCCACAGUAGAUGAUCGGGGUGUAGGUCAGGCUGCAAUCCGGGGCCUUGUGGCAGAAGGGCAUCGUCUUGCCAAUGUUAUGAUGGGUCCUUAUCGCCAAGAUCUUCUUGCAAAAUGUGACCGAGUCGACCAGCUAACAGCCCAGCUCGCAGACCUGGCAGCUAGAGGGGAAGGAGAGAGUCCACAAGCAAGGGCUCUUGCUUCCCAGCUACAGGAUUCCUUAAAGGAUCUGAAAACAAAGAUGCAAGAGGCCAUGACUCAGGAAGUGUCAGAUGUAUUCAGUGAUACCACCACACCUAUCAAGCUACUGGCAGUGGCUGCUACUGCACCUCCUGAUGCGCCCAACAGGAAUGAGACGUUUGAUGAAAGGGCAGCUAACUUUGAAAACCACUCUGGACGGCUUGGUGCUACUGCAGAGAAGGCAGCUGCUGUUGGAACUGCUAAUAAGUCAACUGUGGAAGGUAUUCAGGCUUCAGUGAAGACAGCAAGAGAACUCACGCCCCAGGUUGUUUCAGCUGCUCGCAUCUUACUAAGAAAUCCUGGAAAUCAAGCUGCUUAUGAACAUUUUGAAACUAUGAAGAACCAAUGGAUUGAUAACGUUGAGAAAAUGACAGGGCUGGUGGAUGAAGCCAUAGACACCAAAUCUCUGCUGGAUGCUUCCGAGGAAGCGAUUAAGAAAGACCUUGACAAAUGUAAAGUAGCCAUGGCUAACAUCCAACCACAGAUGCUUGUUGCUGGGGCAACCAGCAUUGCUCGGCGAGCCAAUCGGAUCCUGUUAGUCGCCAAACGGGAGGUGGAAAACUCCGAGGAUCCCAAAUUCCGGGAAGCUGUGAAGGCUGCUUCUGAUGAACUAAGCAAAACCAUCUCCCCGAUGGUGAUGGAUGCAAAAGCUGUAGCUGGAAACAUUUCUGAUCCUGGCCUGCAGAAAAGCUUCCUGGAUUCGGGAUAUCGGAUUCUGGGUGCCGUGGCCAAGGUCAGAGAAGCCUUCCAACCUCAGGAGCCUGAUUUCCCUCCUCCUCCCCCAGACCUUGAACAACUUCGGCUGACAGAUGAGCUUGCUCCUCCCAAACCUCCUCUGCCUGAGGGUGAGGUUCCACCACCCAGGCCCCCUCCACCGGAGGAGAAGGAUGAAGAGUUCCCUGAGCAGAAGGCCGGGGAGGUGAUUAAUCAGCCAAUGAUGAUGGCUGCCAGACAACUCCAUGAUGAAGCUAGAAAAUGGUCCAGCAAGCCGGGCAAAGAAGCCUCGGACACAGGCGUAGGUGUCGCUGGGGCGGUCGUGGCCGAUGAGGCGGGGUUUCCUCUCCCCUCUGACAAUGAAGACGAUUAUGAGCCUGAGCUGCUGUCAGUGCCGACCAAUCAGCCGGUUAACCAGCCCAUUCUGGCCGCCGCUCAGUCUUUACAUCGAGAAGCAACCAAGUGGUCUAGUAAGGGUAAUGACAUCAUUGCAGCAGCCAAACGAAUGGCCCUGCUGAUGGCUGAGAUGUCACGGCUGGUGAGAGGAGGCAGUGGCACCAAACGGGCACUGAUUCAGUGUGCCAAGGACAUCGCCAAAGCCUCUGAUGAGGUGACAAGGCUGGCCAAGGAGGUGGCGAAGCAGUGUACCGACAAGCGCAUCCGAACCAAUCUCUUACAGGUGUGUGAGCGAAUUCCAACCAUUAGUACCCAGCUCAAAAUCCUGUCCACGGUCAAAGCCACCAUGCUGGGUCGAACCAAUAUCAGUGAUGAGGAAUCGGAGCAGGCCACAGAAAUGCUGGUUCAUAAUGCCCAGAACCUCAUGCAGUCUGUGAAGGAGACCGUUCGAGAAGCAGAAGCAGCAUCAAUUAAGAUUCGAACAGAUGCUGGUUUCACUUUGCGUUGGGUUCGGAAGACUCCCUGGUACCAGUAGCUCCAAGAACAUUCAUCGCCCUGCUUGCCUCUCCUCCCAUCCUCUUCUCCCACGUCCCCCCUGCUUGGCUCACUCCUUUCUAAGCAGGAAUGAAUGUAGCCCAAGGCCCUGCUUGCUUCCGGGGGUGAGGGUCAUACUCAAGCCUGUUUCCCCCCAAAAGGCUCAGCCCAAGACCCCCACACUUGUGUUUAUAUUCUCCUUUGCUUCGGGGCUGUAUGUAAUGUCUCUCCCUAGAAAAUCUCUGUACUCUUAAGCACUCUGGCUCAUGGACUUUAUUUACAUAAGCUCAGAAUUCAAGUAGGGAACACUACCUUCUUAUCCUGUCCAGACUCCAUCCUUUGGAGAGGAACCACCCUGGCUGCCUCCAAUAUUGCGUGUCGCUGCUCCGCAGACUGCCUGUGGGGCGGUGCUGCAGGGGUGAGCCGAGGCAGCUGGCCUUGGUCUUUCUCCACCUGUCCUUUCUUUUCCUUUCCUGUGUCCAGAAGCACAAGCCUGAAGAUUCCUUUCUCUACUAAGUAAAUCAUGACAUCACGGGUGAUGGUAUGAAUCAUGCUGUAAAGUACGGCAUCUAUGCCAGGGAAGCUCUGGGAGCCCUUCAAAGGGGUGAGGGGGAGCCCUGCCUGCCCGCUGGCUUGGGUAGGCUUUCCCUUACCAAACACGGGGUGUCUUGGUGCUCGUCUCAGCCAGGGCGUUGCCAGUGGGGCCAUAGCCAGGCAAGGCACGCUUUGUCCCUGCCCUCCAGAGGACUUUGCUGAGGCCUUAAUGAAAUGCUGCAUCAGAGUGCUUGGCCGCAUUGUUGUGUUCCCGCCACUCAUUUUUCUCCCUCCGUUACGGAUCUGGAGGAGAUCUAGGUGCUUUUUUGUUUCUGGAACUUUGAAACAUCCUUUUCUAACUCAGCUGAAGGUUUUUCCGGUCUGGGUGAGACGUCUCCCCGCCUGUCUUCAUGACAUGCCUUCAGUGCAUCGCCAGAGUGUGUGGACAAUCAGACCUCCCCCACCCUCCUCCCUGCAUUGUGGUCUGAAGUGGGUAACAUUUCAUUCACUGGCCUUGUAACGAUUUCCUGGGACCCUGCUAAGUAGCCGAGACACCUGAUAGGAGAAAAUCCGAUGGUGAAAAGGACCGAAUGAGAGCUUUACUUGAAUGUCCUUGGUUUUCUUCACUUGUGUUGGAUCCCAACCCUGACUGUGUAAAGUCUGUCUUAAGUUAGUCUUGUACAUUCAGGCUUCCUCUUCUUUUUAAUGAAUGAUACGUGUUCUUGAGGUUCUAAGAAGACUUAGUACUCUUAGCACAGUGCCUGGCACAUAGUAGGCGCUUAAUAAAUGUUGAUCGAUCGACGGAUAAUAGAAUCAUAAAGAGUUGGGACCUCAAGACAUUUAUCUAGUCCAGCUCCAUAACUUCUUUAGUUGCUUAUGUGAUAUAAAUGCAAUAUUAAUGCCUUUAAAAAUAAAUCUAUGCCAAAGAUCAUGUUUUGUUUUAUUAAAGAUUGCUUAAAGAAAAUAGGAGAAAUCAUGUUUGCCAUUUCAGUUGCAGGGUUCUAGCCACGCUGCAGUAUACUUUAUGCCGGUUGUGGUUCUCUCACCACCAGUGUUCCAGCUUUGGUGAAGCAGAUUCAAAAACAUCCCCUGAACGUUGGUUAGAAUUACCACUAACUAAAAUAACUGUUUAUAAACUAGGAUUUGUUAUAUGCAAAUAUUUUCUGUCACCUCUUUGUUCUCUUAAAAAUAAACAAAAUGCAUUUGUAUAAAUAA